UACCUACGAGAAUUGGGCGACGAGGGAAAGAUAGAGUGGACAGUGUUGAGGCCGACUUGAUUUCAAGACAGGUUACGCUCAAACCCCUACUUCCGUCCAACUUCAAGGCAGAAUAUUGCAUUUAACAGAACAUCGUCAUAUGGAAAACUUUCUAACGGCGGGAAACCAUCUUGCUUCUCUUAAUGACGAAAGCAAGAUAUACUCCGCGACUGGCGCUGGUAGAAUCCCCUGGGUCUCGGUACAAGACAUCGCCAAUGUCGGCUUCCACGCCCUUACAUCCCCACAGCCGCUUAAUACGGAUCUCCUAAUAUUAGGCCCGAAACUACUGACGUAUGAUGAUCUCGCCGAAAUUUUCAGGUCCAUCCUCAACCGAAAAAUAACGUAUCAGGAGCUUGAUGAGGCCGGCCUUGCGGCGCUCCACCGGCGGUUCGGAGUGCCUGAAGAGUAUGCCAGGGUUUUAGCGGGCAUGGACACGGCAAUCAAGAAUGGUUCUGAGGACCGUAUUAAUGAAGUUGUUCGCCGUGUAACAGGUAGAGAACCGCGUCGGUUUGCAGAUUUCGUUGAGGCUAACAAGGAGGGUUGGUCUCUAAGCCUACAUCAACCCUAGGCAUAUAGUUACCAUCCGCACGUAACCCCUAGCUUUGCAUCUACCUAGGUAGCUACUGGGCCUCUACUACAAGCUUCCUAUAAAAUAUUGCCGGUCCUCAAAUUGUGGGACAGACUCC